CCUACUGACUCAGUUGAGACAAACCCAUACAGCACCACAACUGUUGCUCCUGAAAUAGAACUAGAAAAAAGAGCAAAUGAAAUGAUUAAAAGGCUUUUACCAUCUAAGGAACUGGAAGAAAUCUGGAAAUUGGUCAUGGAUCAUAUGAAUGAAAAAAAUAUAAAAGUUCGACUAUCAAGAAUCGGAUCUGAAGAUGGCAAUUUAUCAGCUGAAAUUAUUUCUUUUUUACGUGAAGUAAAUAUAUUAUCUCAUCCAACACAAGAGAGAGACUAUAUAUUAAGAAUUAUGUCUCCUAUAUUAACCGAUCUUUUGGAGGAAUAUGACAGUGGUCAUUUCCAAACAUAUUGGAUUGAAAAAAUAUCUAAAGCAGUGCAAAAUAGGGAAAGACGUAAAAUACAUGCAGAAUAUGUUAAGUUUGGAAAUGAGUCUACCAAAUUGGAUGUUGUUAUUGAGUUACACAAUUAUGGCAUCGAAUUGGUAACCGUAGAAGUUGGCAUCACUGAAAUAGACAAUGAUGAUUUGAAGUUUUGUGAGGAUCAUACAGCAUUAAAAAUAGAGUUGAAGGAUAUGUUAGACAAUUUCUACAAUGAGCUUCAUUUUAAAAAGAAAGAUUUAGCCAAAAUCUUCAUCAUGGGAAUCCAAGCAACUGGUCAAAAGUGGACAAUAUAUUGUCUAUCAUAUAAUUAUGAUGUUAAUUUUUAUUUUUUAUCAGAAGUUGCUACAUUAAUUCACACAUUGUUGAUGCUUAACACAAAAAUUACAAGAAUGGCAACAGCUUGCCAAUCUACACCUUCCCCACCUUCAUCGCCUCCACAUCAAACCUCUAGAACCCCAGAG